AUGGAAAGUGGUUGUCAUUAUUAUAAUGAUGCUGUUGGUGAAGAAAAUGGUCUUGAAACUUCAUUGAAAAGAGAGAACAGAGAUGAAUAUAAAAAUGAAUCAAUCGAACUUUCCAACACAUGUGGUCUAUAUGUUGAGACAAACGUUCGUGAAAUUUUAGCGAUAACUUCGAUUUUUAUGGAAAGUAGAAAAGGAGCCUAUCCGGAACAAUUAUUAAAAAUAGAAGACAAGAUUAAGGAAGUAGAAAAGGAGGCAGGAACCGAAGAAGAGAAGCCAGCAAGAAAUUCAGGGUUUAUAAUUUUGGAAGGAUUAAAAAUGUUACCCAGUUCAAAAUUAAAGGAUUUUCCCACAAACCUGACAAACAUACGGUUGAAUGGUCCAAUACGGGUUUUAAAGAAAGCAAAGCACGAAAAUUGGAACUUUACAGUAUCAGCAAUUCAUCAAUUACAAACAGACGGAGUUUUAUUCGUUGGAGAAGUUACUCCUUCUGCAGAGAAAGGAAAUGUACUUGAAGAUUGCAAUGAUUUAAUUCGUGUAGGGAUUUUCAUGAAGGAUUGUAUUGAUUCGGCUGUAGAUAAAGGCGCAGAUGUUAAAUAA